UCGGGGUGUUAACUCCUGACUGUCCGGAGCGGCCGGGCUCCUGUCGUCUUGCAGUGAUGCUGACGUGUUGAGCCGCUGCUCUUGACUGUUAGGCGCAUCUCUCUUUGCGGUCAGGCCGUGCUCGGGUUAUAAGCAGCUGGAGGGUCUUCCCGUACACCAGAGGGCGCUCUAUCAAGCCCGGUUCCGGCUCCUCAAGAAUAUCGCUUGUUAUUCUCCGAGAGCAGGAAGUCGGCUUGGUUGCCAUGUAAUAUCCUGACUGCGCGGAGACGGAGCUGCAGCAGCGGGAGAGGCGGACUGUGAUCCAGCCUUACAGACUUACUUCAACAUCACAUCAGAGCGGGCUUGUGAACUUUCCGCUUUUUGUACUCUGAAGAAAGGAAAAAAAGAAAAAGUGAAUCGAGAUGUCUGUGGCCGGUUUAAAGAAACAGUUCUAUAAAGCGAGCCAGCUGGUCAGUGAGAAGGUCGGGGGUGCCGAGGGAACCAAGCUUGAUGAGGACUUCAAGGAGCUGGAGAGGAAGGUGGACGUGACCAGCAAAGCCGUGUCGGAGGUCAUCACCAAGACAUCAGAGUACCUGCAGCCAAACCCAGCCUCGCGGGCGAAGCUCUCCAUGCUCAACACGGUCUCUAAGAUCCGGGGGCAGGUGAAGAACCCAGGAUACCCCCAGCCGGAGGGGCUGCUGGGGGAGUGCAUGGCCAAGUUCGGCAGGGAGCUGGGAGAGGAGACCAACUUCGGUGGCGCUCUCCUGGACGCGGGGGAGACAAUGAAAAGGCUGGCAGAGGUGAAGGACUCUCUGGACAUCGAUGUGAAACAAAACUUCAUUGACCCGCUGCAGAGCCUGUGUGACAAGGACCUGAGAGAGAUACAGCACCACUUGAAGAAGCUGGAGGGCCGUCGACUCGACUACGACUACAAGAAGAAGCGUCAGGGGAAGAUCCCGGACGAGGAGGUGCGGCAGGCGCUGGAGAAAUUCGACGAGUCCAAGGAGGUGGCAGAGACGAGCAUGUACAACCUGCUGGAGACUGACAUUGAGCAGGUCAGUCAGCUCUCCUCUCUGGUUGAGGCUCAGCUGGAUUAUCACAGGCAGGCUGUGCAGGUCAUGGAGGAUCUCUCACAGAAGCUCAAAGAGAGGAUGGCGGAGGCCACGACCAGGCCGAAGCGAGAGUACACCCCCAAACCCAAACCCGUGUACGACUACGGAGACACCGACCAAUCAAACGGCGACUUCGCCUACAGCAGCUCCGCCCCCUCCGCGGCCAUGGCUCCCAGCGCGCGGGCCCCAGGUGAGGAGACAGCACACACACGCACACACACACCCACACACACACCCACACCCACACCCACACGCACGCACACACAUGCACGCCCACACACACGCACACCCACGCAUGCAUACACACACGCACACCCACACACCCACACCCACACACAUGCACGCCCACACACACGCACACCCACGCAUGCACGCCCACACACAUGGAAGAAACACCUAUGCGUGUCCGGUUCCUAGUAUCUGAUUGAUCUCAGAACUUUGCCAAGCCGGGUCUUAAAGAAUCGAAAUGAUUCUGCCUCGGCAGCAUGACUGGUAACCUUCGGUAACCCGUUCCAUCCCCUCUC